AUGGGUAGCACAGAAGGGGGAGACCAACCUGAGGGGGAAGCUGCCGAAAAUUCAGCCAAAGGAGAAGCGGAAGGGGAAGGCCAUGUGGAAAAACCAAAGGACGAUCUCGACGAGGCGAGCAUCCUCCUCGCCAGCCUCGCAAACGUGGUAGACCAAGAGGACGUAGACAAAUUUCUAAACGAAAGGAGAGCUCUACAGGAAGAGAAAAAAAAAAGGAGACAACAAUUUUUAAUCAAGGCGUACAAUGAAGGAUAUAAAAUCUGCUACAACUGUAGUUUCUUAAAUCUCAUGGGAGAAAAGGAAGUAUCCAGUUUAGCCAAACAGGUUUUUCUGGGAUACCAUUACAUGAUAAAGGAGCAGUUGCCUGUGCAGUUUCAUUUUACUAGCUUGAUGAGCAGCGACGAAUUCUACACGCAGCUCAGAGACAAGUAUGCACUGGGGAAGUGGCGCGUCCACAUUCACUCGGAGGACUACUGGGAUUUGUUCCCGAGGGAGAAGAUUGUCGUUUUAUCCCCCGACGCUGAGGAGGAACUAACCGAAGUUCGAGACGACGAGGUGUACGUCAUUUCUGCCCUGGUCGACAGGAGCGUCUCCAAGAAUUUGUCCUUCUCCCAGGCGUCCCUGCACAACUUAGUGACGAAGAAGUUACCCAUGGAGAAAUAUUUUAAAAAAAGAAAAAGCAACGUCCUGAACGUUAACACUGUGGUGGAGAUUUUAAUCAGUUUUUUAAAAAACCAAAACUGGAUGAAGGUUUUCGAGAAGUGUGUGCCACAAAAAAAAGUGCUCUGCUUCUGCUACGGCGCCUCAUCGGAGGGACACAGAGAUGAAGAAGCAGACGCGGAUGACGGGAAAAAAACAGACCAACGGUAUUUAGAGGAUAACGGAAAGAUGUACGUCCACCCGGAUCCGUUAUGA